AUGGCUGCUGCAACAGUAUCGAGUCCCUGGUUCCUCCUGAGGUAAGCUCCUUGUCUCUCUCUCUCUCUCUCUCUCCGUCCUUUUCUUCCUCUCCCUGGUUUCAGAUUCCAUUCCAAUCUUUCCUCGCACGAAUAUAACCUACGUUCUACAUUCUCGACCUGUCUGGACAGUUCUUAUCGUGCUCUACGUCCUCGCACAACUCCAGCCAACCUGAUUCUCCGUCUUUCUGGCAGACGAAUCCGAGCUCCGGUAGGCCUUACAGCGCCACACACCAGGUGAUAUUCUCGCCACUCCCCCUACUUCACUCCAUCCAUCAUGUUUAGAGAAAUGCGUCGAUAAUCAUAUGACCCACCUAUAGGUUCUUGUUUUUUUCUUCACCUCGAUGAUUUUUCGAUAUUCAGAAUUUUGUGUUGUAUUUUCCUUUUCUCGGCAGGCUGUUUCGGCACAUUACUCAUGCGGUUGACGAGGAGGCUUCUGCCAGAGCGGCAGCGGCUCGUGUAGACAGUGGAGCUCCUACUAUGUACUUUUACUGCCUUCGCAUUGCCUGAAGCAUACACAUAAACAUCAGAACAUUCUUCUGAAAAAAUAGUUUUACAUGAUCUUGGUUGCAUAGAGAGCACGAAAUUCAGAAAUACUGGUGUUUCUUACAGUAGGAGGGAACAAUUAUCGUGUUAAUUUCGGCUAAGUUCUCUGAAGGAAGUUGAUGUUUUCUAUAUGUACCUGUGGACAAGUAACUGAGGAAGGUACAUCCAAUCUUCCACUUGGCAAUGGGAGGAUGAGUUCUCUUGCUUUCAAAAGUGGUUUUGUUUUAAGCUUCUUUCUAUCAAGUAAUGGUGCAAUUCCGUUGUCUUUCCUCCGAUCUUCUAAUGCUGAAGUGGGCUCAGUUUGACUGUUAAUUCGGGUAGAAUUUUCCUCAUAUAUGUGUUCCACAUGGGUUUCUCGCAUGUUAUUGUCAUUUGCCUCUUCCAAAAGACUUUAUUUUAUUUUGUGGCCUUCUAGAAUUUUGAACACUUUCAUGUUGUUGUUAGAAAUUAUGUCAGAAGAAAGGGUGCAUAAAUUGUUCCUUGACUUGAGCACUGGCUACUGCUUCCAGAAUUAGUAGUGAGUGAUUCAAUGAACAGUUUUCCCUAAUGUAGUCGUAAUCACAUCUGGGAUGUUAACUUCAAUGACGUGUUGUACUGUGACUAGGCAUUUUCUUUUGUGUGAAGGAGAUGUUUAUAGUUCUAUAAAGUUCAGACUAGUAAAUAUGAAAAAAAAUAUAAUCUAAAUAGAUAAGCAUUGUUUGUCAUUAGUGUUCAAUUAACUAAUGCUUCUUUAUUUCAUUCCAAAUUCGGAUCAUUAGUUGUCCUUCUGGUUCCUCUCAGGAACAUUGAGCAAUGCCUUCUCCUAGUUCCUUCACAAAGGGAACUCAAUCACAAUUUUUAUAGUUCAUUCUGGAGUGGAAAGUGAGGACCAACUUUUAUGUGACCCACUUCUCUCUUUAUUGUCAACCGUUUGUCUUUUUUGUUGCACCAAGGCGAGUUCCUAGCCAGCUACUGUACCCACUUGUUGCUACAAGUCCUAGUUUUUCUGUGACAGUAAGGUUAAUUUUUCUGUUCAACAUUCAAUUAAGAAACAUCUCCCUGAUGUUGUACUCAAAAUGUUAAUCAAAUGGAUUAUGUAUUUGACUUUGAAUAGGACUUCAAUCUUACCUGUGAGAGGGUCAAUUGUACAUCUUUCUCGUUAUUAAGGCAUAUUUCUCUUAUCCUAUUAUCCGCGGUUUCUACUAUGGCCUAAACUAAUUGGUCUCUUAUGAAGGGUUUCUUGAAAGCAUUUGCAGAACAGUGCCAUUUUUCCUUUUUUUUAUUAUUAAUGACUAUGUCAACAUUAUUCACUGUGAAAGAAAAGAAAAAGAAUAUGGAAACCUUUGGAAGUAAAUAUUUUUAUGGUUAAUUUUCUUAAUGAGGACAGUUUUUAUGGAAUAAAACCAAUGAGAAUGAGAAAGGUUUAGUUUUUCUGUGGAGAUAUCCAUCACUAUGAGUAUGGCAUAUUACUGGUUGACUAUUGAAAAGAUGUUCUCAGGCUUAUGUUGUAGCUGUAAAAGUAUUUACAAAGGAAUGGGCAUUUUUGAUGAGAGGUGGACAUAAACCUGGUUGACAAUUAUGCAGAGGCUCGUUGGUGGGUUGUCCCUUUUCGUCUUUCUGUUACCACUGGUUAACUCCUAUAAUCAGGUCUCCUAUAAGCCACUGUUUUGGUCCUAAAAAUCGCUUUGUUUAUUGAGCGAAGCUGUCUGAGAGAUUUAUUAGGUAAAGCAGGACACCUGAAAAAUAAAAGAAUCUGUUAUGUUAUCAUUCUAUUAUUUCCUCAAAUUCUAUUAUUUCUGCAACUCGGUGUAUAUAUAGUAUUCAUCACCUUGUUUCAAAUAGAGAUACAAGACGGGAAGUUAGAGAAAUGCAUUUCUACGAGUUUUUUUGGAGCAUUACUUUUCAUUUAAGUUUUUGGAUUUUGGGAGGUGGACAUGAAAAGGUCAAGAAAAUCGGUGAACAGCUAUUGUCACUUGAUACUAGAAUAGCUCCUAAAUUUAUUCAUCAGAAUGGUGACAUAUCCUUAGUUCAUUUCACUUUUUAUCUUUUCCAGAUUUGACAAGAUAAUAUCAAAGGAAAUUCCUUCAACAGUUGUAUAUGAGGAUGAUAAAGUGUUGGCAUUUAGGGAUAUUAAUCCACAAGCUCCUGUUCAUGUCUUAAUUAUUCCAAAACAGCGGGAUGGAUUAACAGAGCUUGGAAAGGUAAAUUCUCUUGAAAUCAUUCCUAUUCAUGUUAAGGAUUUGGCAUUUUUUUCUCAGUAAACAGUCAAAAAAUCUGUUGUGCUUUUUUUGAAUCACUGUUGUUAACUAUAUUGAAAUCUAAGAUAUUUCUAAUAUUUAUGCAUUUCAUUUAUCUUGUGUCCUUUUAUUUGAUAUAUUAAUCAGGAGACUUUCUCGUCAUUAUAUUCCUGGUAUUUAGAUUCUAACGACAUCUUAUGCUUUGGGAGUAAAGUUUUUCGAUUCAGAGUUAUUUGGUCAGCAUGUAGAGAACGAGAUUACUUUGAUUGUAGCUGUUUUUUACUAUUUACCCUAUUAUGUUCUAGUUCCAAGAUGUAGAACUUAUUACUAUCCUUGGGUCAUGAUUGUAGCAGCAUUUCAUUAUUUUUGAGUAAGAUAUAUUGUAAUCAACCAGCGCACUAGUCUAAUGAUUGUAGCAGUUUUAUUCUUAGACACGUCAAGUGUAAUGAGAAACAAUGAAAUGCUUCGGGUAAAUGUUUUUGAAAUGUUAAACUACCGGGUUUUGAUGCCAAAUGUGUAUCUGAGCAAUGUGAAUUUAAAGGAAAGAAAUGAGAUGGAGAAGCUUAGGUAUGAGAACACUUACCUAUCAUUUGGCACCGGGAAAGGUGAAGUAUUACUGGUAGAAAAGUGGAAAUUCAAGGAAAGGUUGAAGGAUAUGAUGGUUAAAGAACAUGACAAUAAAAAGGUGGGAAACAUGUGUAAACAGACAUAAUCAUUACUCAUCUUUUCUUGGGUUUGGAAUUUUUUUUAUAUAAAUUUAAUAUUGAUAAUAUCUGGGUUAGCUUUGUAUGUGUUUUAGGUGAUCCAACUAUGUGGAAUUUUAGUUUAUAUGAUGGGUCUUCUCUAAUAUUUCUCACUUAGCUUACACAGACAACUGAUUGAGCUUUUGAACUCCACAUCAGCAUCUCUGGUGAGGGUAAACAAAGUAAACUGCGUUAGUCACAAUCACAACCUAUUAGCGAACGUUAGGCGAUCUCCAUAUUUUCAUAGUUGAUCAGUUACAGAAACUUCCCUCUGACUUUUUCUUUGCUUAGUUUUAUUUUUUCUCUUAUUUAAAUUGUUGAUUAGAAAAGUAUUUUAUCAUUACGUGGACCUCUGCCAUUCCCAGCUCGUGUGAACUUCGAAUCUACUAGAAAAUAAUAUAAACUAGUAGAAACUACCGGAAAAACCAAAGAGACCACAACCACUUGGAGCCAUAUUAUAUUAACAUUUAUGCAUCUUAUACUCGAGUUUUGGAAAUAGAAGAAGAUGAUUAGUUGAUGAAAAAAUGUGUGCCAAGCCAUAUUUGAUGUGAAGCUUUGCACUACAUCAAAGCAACAUAAAAUUUACAACCAGGAACACUUAGGAAACUUGUUAUUUCCACAUGGGGCUGUUGUAUUUUCGACUUUAGAAAUUGAUCAUCAGCAUGCACAUGUCAUGGGAUCAUCAGCAUAAAAUUUCUACUUUCCACUUUUAGUUGGGAGUCAAGUGUUUGACAGGGGAUUGUACCAAAUUUGGGAGUAAUGGGAAGGGUUAAACUUAUACCUCCGCCUUUGGUGGACAAAGGAGAGAAAAGGAGUAGGGGUAUUUAAACUUAUCCACGGGAAGAAGCCUGGAAAUAGUGGGAUGGAAAUAAGUUUCAUGCAGUCUCAUAAAGAAGGACAUUGUUCUUACCAUUGGCAGACACGGCGAUCUCCUCAUCAAGUUCACUGUUACAAUAAGACUGGGAGACUGGAUCUGGAGAAGUUAGUGUAAGGUACCGGAACAGUUGAAUAGGGAAGUAGAUCAAGUAGAGUAGUUAUCCAAUGUUCUGGAAAUGGAGGGCGGAACCUGACAGGAACUGGGAAAAGCUAAGAGGGGGAGAGGGGGUAAGAACUGAGAGGAAAGAUAAACCCUAACACAAAGCUCUGAGUUGCCCCAACCUUCACAAUGUCUGGUUCACUGUGGGUAUAAGUUAGGUCCAAUGGUCUAACAGUUAGCUUCUGAUCAUUUAACCUUUCUGAACUAAACGAUGAAAAGGCAGAAAAGUAAAAAUAAUCACUCCUGGAUAGCUAUAUGUUUUGUGGGAAGACAAAUAAAUUUUAAUAUAUUUUUCUAAUACAGUGAUGAAAACUUGUCAACAGUCUGCUAUUUUUUCACUAUUUUCUUCUUCUUUCCCCUCUUACCUUUGAUGGUUUUGAAACCACAUGGUUUAUCUAGGCCGAUCACAGACAUGAGGAAGUAUUAGGACGACUUCUGUAUGCUGCAAAGGUUGUGGCUGAAAAGGAAGGGAUUUCUGAGGGCUUUCGUGUUGUCAUCAACAAUGGUGCUUCUGCAUGUGAGCCUGCGACUCCUCCAACCUUAAAUCGCUACCUUUUGUUGCACCAUAUCCCAUGCAUGAUCUGUUCAGUUCCCAUUUUCUUCCAGGUCAAUCUGUUUAUCAUCUUCAUCUUCAUGUACUUGGUGGACGGCUGAUGAAAUGGCCCCCUGGUUGA